AUGUCGUCUUCGAGCUACCAGACGAUGCCGAGGCAUCGCAACACAUCCACAAGUUCCGCCGGGCGCUCCUCGAGGAAAGGAAAAGUGGCUGCCGCCGAACCGAGAGAUUUCACAUCGCCAACUGCUCUCGUCAGGCAUUUUGAGCCAAUAGCAGCGACAGCUUCUAUGCUGUUAUAUGGACAGGGCAGCUCGGUAGUUGUUGCGCAUCACGACAGCCUUACGAUCGAAAGGCGGUUUUCACGACAUUCCGCAGAAAUACAUCUGUUAGCCGUGGAUACGCAAAGUGAUAUAGGAGCUGGUCGAUUGGUGGUUAGUUACGAUGCGGAUAUGACAGCUAUCGUAUGGGACCUGAUGGCAGGAGAUGAAGUUGCUCGGUUCGCUUCGUAUGAAACCCUUACAUGCGCAGCUUGGAUGCGGAGUGGAAAUGUCGCAUUUGGCAACACGCAAGGAAAUGUUAUACUAUUCGAGCCCACAACAUCAGAGCAUAUCUCUGCAAGGACAAUCGACCAAAUACCAAUUACAGCCUUAGCACCUGCAGCCGAUUGCAGGACCUUCGCCAUUGGAUAUCAAAAUGGCUCCCUCUUAAUUGCUACACUUCAACCGAGGUUUACAAUUCUACAUAAUCUGAGCACGUCAAGGGCACCGUCACCGAUUGUGAAUCUUGCGUGGCAUGCCUCAUCGGCGCGCCAGAAGUCGGAUAUGUUGGCUGUGCAAACCAAUGAUGGCGAUCUUAGGGUCUGGAGCGUGGCGAAAUCCCUUAGUAGCGACGAUGCUGCCAAGGUAGUCCGAAUAUUGAAACGCACGGAGAAUUAUGUUAAUGGACCCAACUGGAUGGGUUGGUCUAAGAACGGUCGCAUAAUUCAGUACUCGGAAGGCGAGACACUUUCAUGGGAUGUUCGAACAAAACACAUCACUAAUGAUGGCAUCCCGACCCUUGAACAUGUUCGUGGCCUUGCCGUGUAUGGACCAGCUGCAACCCUUUUCACCCUUGGUGCCAACAACACCGUCCAACAGUUCGACCUGAACACGCCAUCGAUGAUGGUUGCUAACGUCCAGCAUCCUGCUAAUCUUUUGCCACCGUCUCCGCCAGUGUCGAUCGAAGAGCAGCCUGAGCAAGGAGUCGUGAUCAUCGGCACAUCCGAGUCUGACUCGUCACUUCCCAUUAACCCUGAAAUUUCCGAAAGUGAUGAUGAUCAUAUGUCGCCAUUUGCGAGGAUUGCCCGUGGAACAGAUAUUACCCCUGAGACACUCGAACAGGAGAGAUACAUGACAAGGAGCCCGGCGUCCACAAGCCAAUCAUCGACUGUUUCAAAAUCGUCUACCGGCUCCGGCACUAGAGGCAAAUACCAGGCUUCGGUCUUGUCACGUGGAAUGACCGAGAACACUUACAUCUCUGCCGGAUCUUCUCUGAGAUCUUCUGCUAGGCCACCGUACGGCGAUAAGGACGCCUACUCGCUUAGCAGCAUUAGCUCUGCCUCGAUAACUUCGUCUUCUCGUUCUCAUCGUCGACCUUCUCGACUAAGGAAUGAGGUUCUGCCCAGUCCCGAGGAGUCUAAGGUCCAUGAUCUCUUCAAGUACACAAGGAGCCGUCUUCAUGAUAUCCCUUACAAACAUGCUCCUUUGGUUGACCAGACUCGCCUCACUAACGAUGACCUUCGACGGCAGAUGCUUAGCACUAUCUUUGGGUGGAACGGAGAGAUUGAGGAUCUUAUUCGUGAUGAGAUGGCACGGCACCCAUUAGGCUCCGCUGGCCGUAUUCUUCUUUCGAAAUGGCUUGGUGACAUCGACGCGGAUGUGAUGACGGCGACGUCGGAGAACAUGACUUCGUCGGACUGGAUGUUGUUGGCUCUGAGUGGGAUUGGAGGUACUGCCUCCCAACAUAAGCUGGGACGAGCAUACGUGCAGCGUCUUCUGGAGAGCGGUGAUGUGCAUGCGGCAACGACAAUUAUGAUUGGAAUGGGUGAUCACAACGAUGCUAUUGAGAUCUAUGUUUCGCACAAGAAGUACAUGGAAGCUCUCAUCCUGCUUUGCCUUUUCUUCCCUAGUGUCUGGGAGCGACAGACUCAGAUUAUCAAGAAAUGGGGAGAGUUCGCUGUUCAACACGGUCAACAACAGCUGGCAAUCCGAUGCUUCGCUUGCACUGGAAUAGAGUCCACUGAGCCCUGGACCUCACCAUCAGCAGCGCAACUGACUUUCCAGAGUAUGAACCCGAGUAUUCCCGAGGUUUUGAGCCCACCUUUAUCUCCUCCUGACCUGAGCCGUGGACCACAACGCAGCAUUGCAAAAACAUCAGCGCUCAAGCUCAUCACCUCGUUUGGUGACCAAGGGAAGAAGUCUAAGUUCUUUGCAACUGGUGGUGACGGAGGCGCGACCCCCAUCGCUGCCGGUGUUACGCCAAUAGCUGAGUCUGCUGUGUCUCCUGGUGGACGUGACCCCAGCACCGCAUUUCUUCGUCCCUCGCAGCGAAGCGCCCUCAAUACCCCCGCCAGUGCAAAGCCUACCACACCCGGUGGAUUUGGACGACAACGCUUGCCCUCUAUUGGAGAGAUCCCUCACGAUGCUAUCCCCCGUGACCUUCGAGAAGGACGGAAUCUGCCGACACCGCCAAGCGACCUUGCCCCUGAAAUGACCCAAACUCAUCGUGCCCAGCAUUCUUACAAGGGCUCUCUUGACGAGCAAUACAGCGCUGGGCUGUCACUCUCUAGAGCUGCUAGUGCAAGCCCAAUGAUGAUGAAGGACAGCAACCGCCGCAGAGACCCGCCUCCUCCCUCUCCUUCCCCGGCGUCGAUUCAGGCGCUGAUGCAACAAGGUCGCACGAGCCGAAAUGGCGCUCGGGAGCGGAAGCCCGAAGGAAUGGAGCUAAGGAUUAAUUCUAUUGAGGCUACGAUGAGUGGCGAUAUAGCUUCCCCUGAGCAAUCAGUAGCAUCCUCCACUCGCUUCCAUUGGCCCACUCGCCGUCGUGGCCCAGGUUCCAUUGCCAGCUCUGUUACAUCUCAAUCUAGUGCAGGCCGAAGCUACAAGACCGACCGGACUGGUCAUGGCCAAGGAGGUCGUGGUCUGAAUGAAUACAUCCACAGCUUGGAGGCUGCUCAACAUUAUUCCAAGAAGCAGAGGAGCCGCGAAAGCAGUCGCCACCGCCAGGAGGAGAGACAUGGUCGAAGCCGUGAAAGCAGCCGAAACCGCCAGACUACGCGAGACAAUUCGGAGGACAGAGGUAGGGGUAUCUCCCGAAACUGGACUCCCAAACCUGCCAAGCGAUCACCCACUUCGCCCGUGCCCAUGUCCCCCGAGGAUCUCAUCAACCUAAGCACUCCGCAACAUGUUGAAUCGAACGAGGAGUUCGAGUCUGGGGAGCCAUCCACUGUCCGAAAGGCUAGCCAAAUCCGACGAUCUUCGCCCCGAAGCACUCGCAUGUCCAGCCGUGCUUCCAGUCGAACCGGUCGACAGAGGAGCUUGGAACGACGACCGCCAGCGUUAGAACUUCGCGGCAGGAGUAAGAGCCGUGGUGAUGGUUCUAUUGCGAGGUCACCUUCGUCGCCAUUACCGCUUUCAGCUCCUAUGCAUUUCCUUGGGGGAUCGGAUGAUGAGGAUGACUACCGAGCUGCUGUUGUCGCACAGGAACAGUUCCGGACCAGGCACAACCGCAGUGGCCAGAAGGAUCCCGCUUCGCCUGCCGUAUCACGGGCUCGCGAUCGGUCGCAGAGCCGCAAGAGGAAUAAGACACCCGGAGACCAGGACCCGAUGCCUGCGAUUCAAGUAGCACCUAAGCAGCAACCGCUAUUGCAACCUUUGCAAUUGCAGUUACAGCCACAGCAGUAUCAGCAACAGACGAAUGCACCCCGUGCUGGAGACCUCAAGAUGAUCUCAGCUGAAAGGCAAUUGAAGAAAGAGGCUGCAGCCCGUGAACUUGAGGAACGCCGCAAGUCACUUGCGCGCCGCCCCUCAGCGCCACCGAUCCCUCACCCAGAUGACUUGUCCCCAAUUAUUGCUCGCCCACCAAGUGCCUUUGAAUUACCUCAGACCACUUUUAUCCCUCACAAGGAUAUGCCCGCUAGAAGCCACACUGCUGAUCCCCACAAGAGCUCACACACUCGCAGCGGAACCGUCCCCAUGAUCGGUCUGCCAGCGACGCCCAGGGCUAUGCGUCUUCAAUUUGAGACAAGCAAGUCAAGCAAGUCGAACAAGCACAAUGUGGCCGUACCUCCCAUCCCUGCUGCUUACAAGUCCUCUUCAUCGCCGUCGUCUUCAGGACAACCAUCUCCUGAUCGCCCUUUGAACAUCAGCAACUCUGCUAACAACUCACCGACCAAGUCUUCCCCAACUAAGGUGUCAGAGGCAAACGCCGAGUCAACCCCGCCGUUGACUCUUCUUCCAUCUACCGUGUACUCGCCUCCCUCAAGGCCCAACAUCGCGCGAUGCAUGUCCGCUCCUAUUCCCGAGGAGGGAAUGCAGGCAGGUGGUCAGCAACCUCGACGGGGUUCCGUCUCAACUAGGAAAAUGAGCGCGGAUGCUACUGCGGGCCUGCCUGGUAUUGAGGAGAGAUUAGGAGCUGGCCGACACUCGAGACGUACGUCCCGAGAUGACCAAAUCCCACCUCCGCCUCCACCACCACCAGUUCUAAAGGAGCUUCAGCAUCUAGCUACCCCGCCCCCUCCACCCCCAGCACCUCUACCCGGCGCGAGACCCAACGUAUACACGCAACCAUCGGGAUCUGGGACUAUUGAGAUCGUAAUGGACGAGGACGAACAGCAGCAACAGAACAUCCCACCACCUCCACCACCGCCUCAACAAGAGCAGCCACAGCAACCUCCUCCCCUAACCAUUGUACCCGUCUCCAACCCUCCUUCGUCGGCAGCAAUAGCCGUCUCCCCUUCAUCGCGUAGUGGGCGUGGACACACACGUGGCAGUAGCUUUACAGACAACAGUAUCGCAGGGCGCAUCAGCCGAGCGACCGAGCGCAUGCGGUCUGCUAGUCGCGGACGCACCAGCUCGAUCCUUGGAAGCCGAACUAAGUCGCCCGAUACCGCAAAUAUGCCAUAUGAAAGCGUGCCACCUCCUGUAAGCAUGCACAACAACGGUGGUGGGUAUACUUCGCCUGUUGAUAGGCAAUCCCAACAGCUGCAGGGAGUUGAACGACAUCCUCGUGAGGUCCGCGCCGCGUACCAGGAACGCGAGUUCGGCAGUGGGUUGCAUGCUAGUGAGAUGAUCUAA